CUGUGGCCCCCAAAAUUGGUCAAACUAUCGAAUCUCAGUUCUCCAAGACGUUUGAAUGAAUGAAAAAAAUUGGAUGGAGUGAUAAAAAAUUACUGAAAAAAGUGAACGUGCGUUAUUUCGUCAAUGAUAAAAGCCACACGAAGAGUAUCAUGUACGUCUGACAAUCACAGGAUGACGACAAAGGUUACAGGAGCAUCAACUGAGGAGCAUUUGUCUUUUUGAAUAAUACCCAAGACUCGGUGGAAAAAAAUUUUUCGACUCCCCGAUGAAUACCCAAAGGAGAAGGAGGGAAAAAAGCCCAUAGACAACAUUACCUAUAUUUUCCUCUCCCAGCUGCUUUUCACCCCUGCGCCGAGAAUUCACAGAUUUUACGUAUUGCUUUAAAUCGUCAAUUGACUCCAACCUGCGCACGCAUCAGUCAUGUUAUAUGUGGUCAUAUGAUCAUAGUUGGGCAGUGCUCGAAGACAGUCGUGCUUUAUAGGCGUUGACUUAUUCCUUCCUUCGAUUUCAUCUCCGUUAACUAAAAUAAAUAGUAUUAUUUUGGCACUAUCAUUUGGCUAGUGGCCUUUGAUUUUAUCAAGUGAACAUAAACGUCGAUAAUACUACAAAUCAAUCAUGGCGUUGAGCGAUGCAGAUGUCAAAAAACAGAUCAAGCACAUGAUGGCCUUCAUCGAGCAGGAGGCUAAUGAGAAAGCUGAGGAGGUUGAUGCCAAAGCGGAGGAGGAGUUCAACAUCGAGAAGGGACGACUUGUUCAGCAACAACGUCUCAAGAUUAUGGAGUACUACGAGAAAAAGGAGAAACAAGUGGAAUUGCAGAAGAAAAUUCAAUCCUCCAAUAUGCUGAAUCAGGCAAGACUCAAGGUCCUCAAAGUGCGUGAGGAUCACGUGAGAAAUUGUCUAGAUGAGGCGAGAAAACGACUCGCUGAAAUUGCUCAUGAUCGUGCACGAUACACUGAGGUGCUAAAGCUUCUCAUCAUUCAGGCUCUUUAUCAGCUCAUGGAGCAUCAUGUUCUUCUUCGCGUUCGUCAAGUUGAUGUGCCUCUUGUCGAGUCCAUCCUCGAGGAGGUUCAAGAUAAAUAUAAGGCGGGAUGUAAGAAGGAGGUUGUGUUAAAGAUCGACAGUGAAAAUUUCCUGUCGCCUGACAGCUGUGGAGGAGUUGAUUUACUUGCUGCCAGAGGUCGCAUCAAGAUAUCCAACACGUUGGAGUCAAGACUAGAGCUAAUCGCCCAACAACUUAUCUCCGAAAUUCGUUGUGCCCUGUUCGGACGCAACCCCAACCGCAAAUUCACCGAUUAAGGGACUUACUCUCGAUCCUCCUCCAAAAAGAUGAAACAUUCCCUUGUUCGCAGAAAGUUUUAAGAAAAAAAUAUCAAUUGCUUCAUCCAAAUGCACACCUUAUAAAAAUGGGAUUCAACAACCGAUUGAUUUUCAAUAAAAUUUGGUAAUAAGUUUGCCAAUUAGAUUUGUGCGUUAAAAACUGCAAGGCCUACUUCUAAUGUCGGUUACUGUUGUUUGUUGUUGAUGUAACAGAUUCAUAUAAUGUAUGUUUCGGCUGUUUGCCAGUAUUAAUUUGUGCUAUCGUGUAACUGUAUUUUCAGAUUGAAUUUCUGAAGCUGUAAUGUCUGAAAUACUUCAAUUUUCAAGGACUAUAAAUUUUGAUUAAUUACAAAGUUUCUUCACCAUGUGGCAGGAGAUUUGCAAUGAAUUAAAAAAUAAUACUCUCAAUGCAAAUCAUGAGAAGUUGUUUACAAUCCAAAACCGAUGAAAUAUCUCAAUGACGAACGCACAUGAAGUCUCUUGCAAACGCAGUAAAAUUGUCCCCUGGAUUGUUGAAACAAAUGUACAACGGCAAAUACAAAAACCUUGUUUAUAUCCUCACAUAAAAUAUCUUCACUUUUUCACGACGACAAAAAAUAAAAUAGAUGAAGAUAUUUCAGAUUAUUUCAAUUGAUAAUAUAUUUUGAAAUCGUGUUGAAUAAUUAUAUUAAUCCCACGUAGUUGUCAGUGUAUUCUUGGGCAUGCUAUUAAGAUAUAAUAGAGUUUUUCCUGUACAUAUGUAUUUAAAAUUCAAUGUAUCAUAAACGGCACGAUAAAAAAAGUUGCGAAAGUCA